UAUGCAGGAGAACGAGGAACAAGUGGACACCCGUGUAAAUCCUCGGCAUCACUUGGAAAAAAAAAAGGCAGUGCGCACAAAACUAGAAAAUACUGCACCGAAUGCUAUAAUCAAAAUACACGAAUGUUAGGACCAAAGACAGCUAAAAAUAUAACGCAAAAAGUAACACCCUUUUGUAACUAAUGUACAAAAAAACCUCACCUUUGCAUAUCUUGUUUUAAUAAGUUACAUUAAUGUUUUUAAGUAUUCUAUUCUAUUCCUUGAAACAUGGACCAUACAAAAACCGAUACCGCAUAAUUUAAAUGUUCACUCUCACAAAUACGCAAGGACCGACACACGCGCCGCGAUAGAAAAACGAAAAAUCUGUCGCCGGUCCCUGCGGACCGGCGUGGUCUGAACGGAAAGUCUAGCGCCGGUCCCUAGGGACCGGCGUGGCGCUUAACGUGUUAAGGCAUGCGACUUUUGCUUAACUUUUUUUUUAGCUUUUUCGCGUUUGCGAUGCACAUCGACGUGCAAUAAUAUUAAGGCAUGCUGUAAUAUUAAAGCGUGCGAAUUUUUUCUUUAGUUCUACCACUUUUUUGCAUUUGCGAUGCACUACUAAGUGCACUAAUUUUAAGGCAUGCAAUUUUUUAAAGCGAGCGAUAGGAACCACCGGUCCCUUCCCGCUCCAACCGAAAGAAGAUGUCGUCUUGGGCCGUUCACGAAGCACAGGAGAUAACGGAAGUAAAGGAUACCGUUAGGACAUCGACCCACAGGGAAACGAUGUCGGGUGGAUCUCCUGGUCAGUCUGUUGCGGUCAAGACGAGAACAGUGCGAAGUACGUCCCGUUCCCUGUCUGCCAAGGCGGGGCAUGUGGCGAGUAGGCUGAAGACUAGCUACCGCCAAAUAACGAGACUGUUAGAGUGUGCCCACCUAAAUAGGAAAUUGGUCCAAGCAGUAGCAACAUCGUUGGUGUCUACAGGCAUAGGGCCGGCGACCAGGCUAGCGUGGGCAGAGGACAUAAAGAGCGGAGGCGAAUUCUCCCCAGAUAGCGUCCCGGGCAUGGUCACAGCACCCAAAGUGACCCUAAUAACCUGAGCGGGGUUGGUGGAUGACGUUUCCGACGGCGAUGGCAAUUCUGUAAUUUUUCCAGGGUUGCUGGAUUCGGGCAGAGAAGUCUUGAGCCAGGGUGAGCUCGAGGGGACCUAUGUUUAUACUCGGUGCCACUGGUGCUGGGUCUUCCCUCGUGCCAGCCCGGGUUUGUCCAAUCUAUCUCUUCCAUGAGCUACGGGGGGAGAAGAAUGUGCCAUCUGAGCACGAGCCCACCUCCAGACGAGCGUGGGAUGAUUGUGUCGGUAGAUUUUGAAAAGAAACUGUUGUUUUUUUUCAUCAGCAUGACAAAUAAUAUUAAUAACAUCAUACUUGAAAAAGGACGACAUUCUAUAACUCUUGACGAAAAUAAACAACCAACUAGAGGUGAAAAUAAUGGUAUAUUGGUGUUUGAUAAAAUAGAAAAUAUGCUUAUUGAAGUGCCAUUCUCANCAGAGAUUGCAUCAUUUUUUAAUCUCUCAAAUGAAACACAAGUAACUCCCGAAUAUGAUCCAUAUGUAUAUUCGAGUGACANUAACAAUGCCAGCUCAUCAAAUGCAAACUUAUAUUUGAGUGACAGUACCAAUUCCAGCUCCAGUGGAAUUAAAUGGGAUGAUAAAGCUGUAAAACUUCUUUUUGCAUUAUAUAAAGAUUAUGAAAAUGAUUUUAAAAGUACUUCCAUUAAAAAUGAUGUAGUGUGGGAUACAAUUAAAAAUAAAAUGAUGAUUGAUGGAGGUUACAAUUUUACAAAAACACAGAUAAAAGAUAAAUGGAUGAAUAUGCGUAAAAGUUAUAUGAGAGUUAAAGAUCAUAACAAACAAACAGGAGUCGUUUUGAAUAACGAUCAUUAUAGCGCCAGACUUUUCUUGAAGUUGUCUUACAACUGA